AUGGCCAUCUCCCUACACGACGACUUCGCAAGUCAAGUCGGUCUUGGGCCUUCUACGCGCUUUCCCUGGGACACUGAGCGCAGCAUCUACUACAUCAAAGGCUUUCACGAUCUACACUGCUUAAAGCUCAUCAGAAAAGCUAUCGUCUCCAAGCACAACCAAUCCAACCAGACGUUCACCCUAAGCCAUCUAUUUCACUGUCUAGAUGGACUGCGACAAGAUGUCAUGUGCACAGCCGACGAUACACCCAUGCCCGCUCUGGUCGAGCAUCAUGUUGGUGACGGGCAGAUGAGGCAGUGCCGCGAUUGGGGCAAGCUGAGGGCUUGGGCGACACAGCCCGAUCAGCAUGCUUGCCAUGACUUCGACGACUACCGUGAGGUUACCAAUACCCUCGAAGUAUUUGGGCACUGCCCACAAGACUCGCCUUACCGCCCGGUGAUGGAGGCCUACUUCCAGUAUCACGGUCACAAAGAUCCUUACGAGCCGAAGGACUCCGGAGACAGGGUCGUUUUCUGA